AUGAACCGUGAGCCGGAGGAGGAUGAGUUCGGCAAGUUCAGCUGGAUUCUUUGGGGAGACGGCUCCCCCAGCCGAUUGAAUCUUCUGCACCAGAACCAGAUCAGAGCGGGUAACGAAUUGCUGCAUUACUAUCACUUUGUUCAAAUAGUCUCACAAAAUUUCCAGAGCAUGCCGCCGCCGCUUGAAAGUAACACCAGCAACAGUCUCGACGUGAAGAAUGCGCCAUGGAUAUUUCUUCGCGUCUGUCACUGGUGGAGGCUUAUCGCCUCGUCUUCCCCAACACUUUGGUCGACGGUCAGGCUUGUCAAGACCCACAAUUCAUUGUUUCCACUCCAUGCGCUACAUAUAGUCAGGUUGCAGCUUCAACUAUCGCGCAAUUCGCCUCUGAAAUUGCUCCUCUACUGUGACAACCCUGACGAAGUGAUUGAAGAGGCUCUGAUCACAGAGUUGGUGUCACAUUCCAGUCGAUGGUUCAGAGUUUAUAUCCGUGCCUUCGCGCCUGUUUUACGGCAGCUCACGAAACGGCUUGGGAACCUCUCUGAACUGAAGAAACUCACUCUCGAGGGAUUCAGGGGACAGGAAUCUGACUCUGACAUGUUUUUCGAUGUUCCUAACCUCACCUCGCUUCGCCUGGAUGAAGCUUAUAGAGUUCUACCCUCCAUGUUUCCGACAUCAAAUUUAUACCAGUUCACAGGCAGUUUUUAUGAUGGCCCAGAAUUCCGCAAUUUCAUCUCUGCGGCGCCGCGUCUAGAGGUGCUGAGGGUGCAGGCCAUCGGCGAGGGUCAACAGACUCCGCCUUCCAACAAGCCUGCUCCCGUCCCCGUAACCUUACAUCAUCUUCGCCAGCUCAGCUACCUCACUUCCUCAGAGACGUGUACACAAUAUCUUACGCUACCGGCUCUUCGCAUCUUGAGUGCCAUGCAAAGCGCCGGCAACACAAACGCGAUGGGUUCACUUUACAGCCGAUCUCACUUCUCACUGGAUCAGCUUUAUCUUUGUCGCAGUUGCAUCCAAUUCACUGCAGCUGCACAUUUCUUCGAGACAAAUGCCGUUCAUCGACUCACUCACCUCCACCUCGAAGUCGAUCAUUCCAGUGCUUCUGAGUGGAUAACCGCUCUCACUGUCACGUCUUCUUCUUGCCUAUUACCGCAUCUAUCUGAUUUGACAAUCAUGGCCCUUCUCUUUGAAGACACAGAAUUAGCGGACCCAGAUGAAGCGCGACGUUUCUUAGAUAUGGUUCGUUCGAGGCUUCCUCACAGGGAUGGGGUAAAUUCAUCCUUGAAGAGUUUUUUGAAGAAGAUAAAGCUACUUAUCUGGGAGCCCUCUGACGCGCAGGAUAUAUACGUUGACGGCUUUAAGGCUCUCAGGGAGGGAGGGCUGGAUGCGAACUUUCAUUUUGUAGUAGGUGCUCCUAGCAUUGGCCGAUCAUUACCUAAUAACUGGCUUUGGCAUAUUGGUCCAAUGAUGCGCACCCUGCGCACCCGGAUUCCAUCCUUGACUCCAACACGGAUGAGCGUGUUCAGGGAACAUACACCGAACGUCCUCCCCUUCAGCACAAACACCUUCCUCCCCUCCACAGAGUCCCGCGAUGUGCAAGUCCUCACUGCCCUUCUGGGCCAGUCGAUAUCCCGUAGCCCGCCGUUGCGCGGUUGGGAUAAGUGGACUGUGGAGGUGGUGAAUAGAGUGUCUGAAGUCGUUCGGGAGUACGCUGAUCGUAUCAAGUGCGGAAACGUCUCUCUCCUGCGACGAAGUCGGCCAGUGCGCAUGCAGUCAUCCCCACCAGUGCAACGCGUAAAGAGAUCCUUCUUCCCUCGCAUCAUCGAGAUCCAAUCCGAAGCAGUAGGGGCUAUCAUGAUGUCGCGGCAUUUGGUAGGGCAUCACCGGUGUUGGGAAGACUUCGGAUGAGAUCUCUGAGAUGAUGAACUCGAGAAAUAAGAACAGAGGAAGGCCCAGGGAGCUUCUCAGAUGCUUGGUUCAUUGGUAGUAGUAUGUGGCCAGUGCAUAACCAGGACUCAAAAAUUUUCGCUCCCUGUGAAUAAGUGCUUUCAGGCACCGGGAGAUCCCCGAUUCUUUCCGAAGAAUGAGGAAACGACAGAGGGUUAUAGAAAGCCGUAACUGGUCGUGAGUAGUGCCAAACUGUCUG